AGAAAAGUCAUAAACAAAGCUGUUUAGAAGAAUCCAGACGUCAUAGCUUUUUUUUAUAGCUAUAUAUAUAUAUAUAUAUAUAGAGCUUUACCUUCAAGCACCCUCAUCGGAAGGAAUUGAUAAUAUUCCACUUUAUACCACAAGAUGGGUAUGGUUUUUGGGAAGAUAAGCGUAGAGACUCCCAAGUACGAAGUAAUUCGAUCGUUUACCGACUAUGAAAUCCGAAAAUAUGCACCCUCUGUGAUAGCUCAAGUCACCUAUGACCCAUCACAGUUUAAGGGUGACAAAGAUGGCGGAUUCACUUUGUUGGCCAACUACAUCGGAGCAUUGGGCAAUCCACAGAAUGUGAAGCCGGAAAAGAUCGCCAUGACAGCUCCGGUGAUAACAAAAGCCCCGCAAAGCACUGCUGAGCAGAUUGCAAUGACAGCUCCUGUUGUGACAAAGAGCAGGGGGGGAGAAGAGAAGAAGAUGGUGACCAUGCAGUUUUUGUUGCCGGAUAAGUAUCGAAAGGCUGAGGAGGCACCGAAGCCGGUGGAUGAGAGGGUGGAGAUAAUAGAGGAAGGGGAGAGGAAGUAUGGGGUAGUGAGGUUUGGAGGUGUGGCAACAGAGAAAGUGGUGGAGGAGAAGGUGGAGAUGCUGAAGAAGAGUUUGGAGAGAGAGGGGUACAAGAUCAUAGGGGAUUUCUUGCUAGCAAGGUAUAACCCACCUUGGACUUUGCCUAUGUUUAGGACUAAUGAGGUUAUGAUCCCGAUUGAGUGAGUUUGUAAAACUUGGGUUUUGUAAAAGAGAAAUAAUAGCUAUUAAUAAAACAAGUUUGUUUCAAA